AUGACGACGGCGAGCUCUGUAGACACAGCAAGUUCAGCAGACGAGCAUCCUCUACCUUCACCCCUAUCGCAGUCGACGUCGAUAAGCUCUCCCGACGAAGCAGACAGGCUGACGAGCAUGGCCGCGACCCAGCUGGACGACGUCUUUGGCUCGUCUCCGCCACAAGCAGCAGCAGCAUCAUCAGGAGUAGCAGGAGUAGCAGAAGAAGAUGGAGAGCUUAGCCGAGGGCGGUCUCUGGCUGAACCAUCGGACCUACCCUCGCUGCGUCGACAGCAUGUCACAGCCGGGUACCGCGACGGGGUGGCGGCGGCCAAGGGCGAGCAUGUCCAGCGAGGGUUCGACAAGGGCUAUCCCGUUGGAGCAGAGCUGGGAAUCCGAGCCGGUGUUGUACUGGGGGUGCUCGAAGGUCUGGUGAAGGCGCUGUCUGGGGGUGAGGAAGCACCGGAGAAAGGGAAGCGGAAGGCCAGAGUGACAGCGCUCUACGAAGGGGCCAAGAGGGAGCUGGUACUGGGAAGGAUCUUUAGUCUGGAGCAGCAAGAGACAGUAAAGGAAAAGAAAAGGGCGCAACAAGGAGGAGGAGAUGAAAAAAAUGAAGAAGAUGAAGAUGGCGAUCCCUGUGUCCGGCUGGGACAAGCUGGCGACACGGCCGUUACACAGAGGAAGCAGACAGUACUGAGGGCCAUCGAGGACGACGCCGUGGAGAUCCUGACUUCUGCUGCUGCUGCUGCUGCUGGUACGGAGAACUCUCUCGCCCGGGUGGUAUAA